GCAGGGGGGAAGGGAGCGGCCGACGCCUCCUGCCGGCGCAGAACCCCGCGCGCUCGGGGGAGCAGCCCGCCCCUCGGGGGACAAAGGCAAGCGGCGCCGAGUGCCCAAGACUUCACUGUCGCCGCUGCAGCUUGGAGGCGUGGAGGCGGCGCGGUGCCUGCACUGGGCUGUUCCUUCCCCCCCACCUCCUCCCUCCUCUUCGGUUGCGCGCUCUCAGCCUCUGUGUGUGUGUGUGUGUGUGUGUGUUUCUCUCUCCCUCUCUGGGCGGUGGUUGAGGCCGGUAGUAGGUGCAGAAGUCGCCGCCGCGGAUCGUAGUAGAUCGAUCAAUGAAGUGACUUUUAUGGCUGGCAGGCUGGGCUGAUUGUCUGCGUUCAGCCUGGCUUUGCAGCCGCCAGGGAUCCCGGGAGAGGGGAAGGAGGACGCGCAGCAGCAGCAGCGUUGCAUGAGAGACUCAGCCAAGGGAGAAGAAGAGGGUGGAGGAGGCGGCGGCGGCAGAAGAGGCGUCGAGCCAGCCAGCGGCGGGAGAAGAGGAGCCCAGUCCCAGCAGCCGGCGAGGGAGAGGCACUUCCCCGCGGCCGCCUCCCUGAAUCGCGCGCCCGCCAAGUUGCCUCCAAAGUUGCUUCCCGGGCGGAGGGGAGGCUCGCUGUUUGGCUGGGCGAUGAUUUUCCCCAACAGCAGCAGCAGCAGUAACUCUGCGGGCGGCGGCAGGACUCCUUAUAGAAAGCAGCAGCCCAUCGUGCCUGCCCAUCCAAUGGCUCCUCCUAGCCCCAUCAUCACCAGCAGCAAUAGCAACAACAGCAGCAGCAGCAACUCAGGAUGGGAUCAAUUAAGCAAAACAAAUCUUUAUAUCCGAGGUCUGCCACCAAACACCACUGACCAGGACUUAGUAAAACUAUGCCAACCAUAUGGGAAAAUUGUGUCUACGAAAGCUAUUUUGGAUAAAACGACCAACAAAUGCAAAGGUUAUGGUUUUGUAGACUUUGACAGUCCAGCCGCAGCUCAGAAAGCAGUAUCCGCUCUGAAGGCCACUGGAGUCCAAGCACAGAUGGCAAAGCAACAAGAGCAGGAUCCAACUAAUCUAUAUAUUUCCAAUUUGCCACUUUCAAUGGAUGAACAAGAGCUGGAGAAUAUGCUGAAACCUUUUGGGCAAGUUAUCUCUACAAGAAUACUUCGUGAUUCCAAUGGCACAAGUCGUGGGGUUGGCUUUGCAAGGAUGGAAUCGACAGAAAAAUGUGAAGCAGUAAUUGCUCAUUUUAAUGGGAAAUUUAUUAAAACACCCCCAGGAGUUUCAGCUCCUGCAGAACCUUUGUUGUGCAAGUUUGCAGAUGGAGGACAAAAAAAGAGACAGAAUCAGAACAAAUAUAUACAGAAUGGAAGAGCGUGGCACCGAGAAGGCGAGGCUGGAAUGACACUUACGUAUGAUCCAACUACAGCUGCUUUACAAAAUGGAUUUUAUCAUUCGCCAUACAGUAUUGCAACAAACAGAAUGAUCACUCAGACGUCUAUCACGCCAUAUAUUGCUUCUCCAGUUUCUGCAUACCAGGUCUGUAUUUCAAGAUGGAAGGAUAAGCUAUUAAAAUACUUGGUAGGAAUUUGUGCCCUAUCAUGGAUGCAGCCUCAACCAUAUAUAAUGCAGCAUCCUGGUACUGUAUUAACUCCUUCCAUGGACCACACCAUGUCACUGCAGCCUGCAUCAAUGAUAAGUCCACUGACACAGCAGAUGAGUCACCUUUCAUUGGGCAGCACUGGAACAUACAUGCCUGCCACAACAGCUAUGCAAGGAGCCUACAUACCCCAGUACACACACGUUCAGACAGCAGCUGUUCCAGUUGAGGAAGCCAGUGGUCAACAGCAAGUUACAGUAGAGACGUCCAGUGAUCAUUCGCCAUAUACUUAUCAGCAAAACAAGUAAUCGUGAGAAAUGUGUUGUUGACCUCGCCUGGAGAAGGAUGCAAAGGCUGAAACAAUCAUGGAUUUUACUGAUCAAUUGUGCUUUAGAAAUUAUUGACAGUUUUGCACAGGUUCUUGAAAACGUUAUUUAUAAUGAAAUCAACUGAAACUAUUUUUGCUAUAAGUUCUAUAAGGUGCAUAAAGAAAAAGAAAAAAAAAUCCUUAAAUUCAUCCUAGUAGCUGUUUCCUUCCCCCUCCCCCCUUGAACAGGUUUAUUUUAGUAAGAAAUUUUUUAUCAAGUAUUAACGACGCAAAAAAAAAUAAAAUAAAGGUAAAUAAUUAAAUAAAUGGGGGGGGGAAUCUGUCCAUGCACAGAUUGCAAUGGAGACAUGUUCACGUGCAUGACAGAAUCAGUCUCUUGGUUUGUUUUUGUUUUUGUUUUACCGUAUUAAGAUUUUGUUUUUGUUUUUUGAAGUUUAAACUAGUAAAAACAUCCAUGCCGAUGUUCUGUGCUUGCCGUGUGAGUGUCGCUAUAGUGCAGUGUUGCAGUUGUAGGGUCUAUUUUCAUAGCUUUCUCUCUCUCUCUUUUUCUUUUAAGGUAGUGUGAAGUGUCUUAUCCUUUUUCUAUCAAUUCCAAUUUGCCUUAACUCUUUUAAUGCUGUAGCUGUUUCAGUACGUAGUCCAAACUAAUGGUGUAGAAUGCUUUUGACCAAAUGAGCUGGUCUAUUAUGCCUUGUAAAACAGCAGGAUAGGGCUUUUAACAGGUAGUCGAUUAAAAUUGCUGAAAAAUUUGGCUUUUUAAAAAUGUGUAGUAGGUGUUUUUAAUGAUUUUGUUUCCCCUCACAUAAUAAUGUAAGGUUGUGAAAUGCAAGAUUGGGGGGGUAGGGAAAUGUUUUGUGUGAAACACAUUUUCUGACUGGGGGAAAUUUUAAUAGGAUAAAUUGUUUGUAAGGCCUUAUGCCAAUUAGUUUUCCUCUGCUAGUUAGGAACUCUGCUGUAUGAUGCAAUGUAAAAAAAAAAAAUCUUUUUGCCUUUUUCCAGAAGAUAAUUGAUGUUCUAGUUUUAGGGUGGGGGAGUUUUGGGGAUGGGGAAUCCACAGAAUGUUUCUGUCCUUCCUUUCUAGUAAUGAAUAGUGCUUUAGAAUGAUGCUGUGCAGAGAAAAUAGCAAAUAGAAGCGUUUGCUUUUACAGCAAAGGCAAAAGCUAAAAGACUUUUUUCAAAACAUAAGCUGAGAUGUAAGUAGAAAACAUACUAGAUUGGGUACUAGCUCUCUAUAUUAGGUAAAUAAAGACUUGGCACUUUUUAAAGGUAACUUUACCAAAGAACAAAGAGCCAGUAACCAAUAAUUCUGAUUUUGUCUCAGCAGUUAUGUCUUCUGUACUCUUUUAAUUUUGUUGCCGGACCAGUUUGCGGUUAGAAGAAUGUGCCUUUUUUUGUACAUUUGCAUUUAGGUUUUAUAAUUUUUAAUUGAUGUAUGGACACAAACAAACAAACAAAAAGCAUGAAGGAAGACUUGGAUCCAAGCAGUGCCACACUUUACAUCAUCACUACAAGUGUUAAGUGUAAAGAAGAAGAAGAAGAAAAUACAAUUUUGAAACUAUGAAAUUCCUGAUUUAACAAAUACACUGUUAUUUGUACUUUUUACAUAUUAGAUGAUAAAACUCACUGCUAUUAAAGCUCAUUUUAUUAUGAUCGCAUGUGUAUUAAAUCAAACGGUAAAUUAAGUUGUCUUCCAAAACUGUGUACUUGUCUGGUCAGCUGUGUAUGAUCAGUUAUCUACCUCAAGGCUUAUUUCCUUUUGUAAUGGGACAGGUUGCUGGCCCUCCCUGUUACCACAGACCAAAUCAUCCUAGCUCAGGAGCUAGGCCUAAGCAAUUCUUUCUUUUCACUUAUUUUUUUUUAAAGUUUUUAAAUUUUAUGUGAGUAUUCAAGUACAGAUGUCAGUGACAUUUCAUAGUUUCAAAAGUCAAUGCUGCUCUGAGAAGUGUAGAUUCUAGUAAAUUACAUAGUCAUAAGAAAUGUGUUUGUUUCUUUUUGUUUUUGUUCUUUUGUUUUUUUUAAAAAAAAGUUUAAAAAGUUGUGGUAUUAUUGGUUCUAUGCUCCCUGGAAUUGACUGCUUUGUCAAAGUUCAGACUUCUUGCAACUCAUUCCCUAUAGCUGGUGUAUUUCCAGAUGUGGGGGGAGAAGAUGUGGGGGCAGGCAGAUAUUUGCUACUUGAUGUUUUAUUUCAAUUAGCUAAGCAUUAGGGUUAGAGGGAGGGAAUAGAUGCUGCUAGAAAAGUCUGAACUAAGUGCCAUACUCAUUAUCUGGGUAAGAUUUGCAAAAUGUAACCUCUGUACAUAAAGAAAUAAUCAGUUACUUAAACAUCACAUAGUAGACAGCCAUUAAAUUAUAAAAAAAUAAUUUAUGAAGAAAGACCUUUUGUACAGAUUGAAAAAAAAA